AGGGUGCUAUUCGCGGCGUGGGCGCCGCCGUCCCGCUGAGGGGGAGACAGUCUGCGCGGCUACCUCGCCAACGAGACGCGCUGCGGGCUGCCGCCAAACGGACAUGUUAGCGCCGAGGCCCUAAAGGCGGGAGGCCGACGAGAACGACGUCCCGCCGCUUCCUUCGGGGCUCCUCCGCGCGCGGUAGCAAGAGGCCGCCGAGCCACAGCCAUGGAGGCUGUGAACGCUUUCAACCAAGAGCUCUUCUCAUUGAUGGAGAUGAAACCUCCUAUUUCUCGUGCAAAGAUGAUUCUUAUUACUAAAGCUGCCAUCAAAGCUAUUAAGCUUUACAAACACGUAGUCCAGAUUGUAGAGAAGUUUAUAAAAAAGUGUAAACCAGAAUACAAAGUUCCUGGAUUGUAUGUUAUUGACUCUAUUGUUCGUCAGUCUCGUCAUCAAUUUGGAACAGACAAGGAUGUUUUUGGGCCAAGAUUCUGUAAAAAUAUAACUGCCACAUUCCAGUAUUUAUAUCUCUGUCCAACAGAAGACAAGAGUAAGAUAGUUCGUGUCCUCAACUUAUGGCAGAAAAAUGGAGUGUUUAAAAUAGAAAUAAUUCAGCCUCUCCUCGACAUGGCAGCAGGAGCUAGCAGUACUGCUCCAAUGACUGAAGAUACUACUAAUAAUGAAGGUUCACCACCUCCUGCCACAGCAAUUCCAUCUGAGCCUCUUCAAGUUGCUUCUAAUUCAGUACCUGCUGUGCCGCAAUUGCCCAGUUCUGAUGCCUUUGCAGCUGUAGCCCAGUUAUUUCAGACAACACAAGGACAACAGCUCCAACAGAUUCUUCAGACUUUUCAGCAGCCUCCGAAACCUCAAUCUCCUGUGAUAGAUAACAGUGUAAUGGCUCAGGUCCAUGCUAUUACUGCCCAGCUGCAGACUACAGCAACACAACCACCAGAACAAAAACAUGAUUUCUCAGCAUCUGAGCAAAAGACAUCUUUUGAUAAGAAGCUGUUGGAUCGAUUUGACUAUGAUGAUGAACCAGAAGCAGUAGAAGACACCAAGAAAGAGGAACCAACACCUCCUGCAAUCUCUCAACCAACAUUUGGUUUUCCGGGUGAAAGUAUGCAGCAGCCAGUUUAUGCCCAGCUCCCAAAUAUAGACCAAUAUCAGCAACGAGUGCUUGGAAUGCAGCAGGAACCUAUGCUUCACCAGGUCCCACUUCCUCCAAAUGGACAAAUGCCAAGUUAUGGACUUCUACCUGCAUCACAGUUUCCUCCCAUGGCUCAGCCUGGCAUGCAACCCUCACCCCAGGUGCAACAACCUUUCCAGCCUUCUUUUCCAGCACAAAGUGAACCACAUACACAGAAACAUACACAUCAGCAGGAAAUGGAAGUGGAUCAGCCUCCUGUUCACGAAGGAAAGAGGCAUGAGAGCAGAAAGUCAAGAUCUAGAUCUGCAUCAAGAUCACCCAAAAGGAGAAGAUCACGGUCUGGUUCUCGGACUAGAAGAUCACGCCAUCGCCGUUCCCGUUCCCGGGACAGGCGCCGCCAUUCCCCUCGAUCCCGAUCCCAAGAAAGGCGUGAAAGGGAGAGAGAGAAAGAGCGCAGAGCAAAAGGCCUUCCUCCAAUCAAAACAGAAACUGUUAGUGUUUGCAGUACAACACUAUGGGUAGGCCAGUUGGAUAAACGAACAUCGCAGCAGGAUGUUGGAGGUCUCCUAGAAGAGUUUGGACCAAUUGAAUCUAUAAAUAUGAUACCACCAAGGGGAUGUGCCUAUAUUGUUAUGGUGGAAAGACAAGAUGCAUACCGUGCUCUUCAGAAACUGAGUCGUGGGAACUUUAAAGUGAAUCAGAAAUUUAUAAAGAUUGCAUGGGCUUUAAAUAAAGGAAUUAAACCAGACUAUAAGCAGUAUUGGGAUGUAGAAUUAGGCGUUACCUACAUCCCAUGGGGUAAAGUUAAGCCUGAAGAUCUGGAAAGCUUCUGUGAAGGAGGAAUGCUGGACAAUGAAACACUUAGUCCUGAAUGGAAAGGAAUUCCCAAAAAGUCAGAAAACCAAGUAGCCCAGAAUGGAGGCGCGGGAGACGCUGCACAUAAUGAACAAACUUCUCCGGUUGCUAAAAAUAUGUCUGUUCAAAUGCCUGUUCCUAUGCCCACACCAAUAACAGUGCCUCCACCACAGGUUCCACCACAUCAGCCAGGACCUCCAAUGGUUGGUACACUUCAGCCACCUACAUUUACCCCUCCCAUGGGAAUGCCACCUCCAGGAUUUGGUCCUGGAGUUCCACCUCCACCUUUUUUGAGGCCUGGCUUCAACCCAAUGCAUUUGCCUCCAGGUUUCCUUCCUCCUGGACCACCGCCACCUAUUAACCCCCCAGUUUCAGUUCCUCCAGUCUCUGUUCCUCCUUCUCCAGGAGUAAACAUCCCAAACUCUACUGUGGCCAAUAUAAAUGAAGACACUACAAAAGACUCUUCUGUGGGAAACCCCAUUCCAACAGUAGUUUCUGCAGCUAGAGGAAAUGCUGAAAAUGCAGAUGGCUCCAAAGGAUAUCCAAAUGCUCUGCCACCUGUAACUUCUACAAGUAUCUCAGCUUCUGUCACCCAACCAGUUCCACUCCUUGGUACUCAAGGAGUUACACCCAGCCCUGUGAUUGGGCUACAGACACCUUCCACAGGCCUUUUGGGUGCACGGCCUGGUUUGAUACCACUCCAGCGACCCCCAGGAAUGCCACCGCCUCAUCUGCAACGGUUUCCAAUGAUGCCACCUCGGCAUAUGCCUCCCCAUAUGAUGCACAGAGGUCCACCUCCAGGCCCAGGAGGUUUUGGGAUGCCUCCACCUCAUGGGAUGAAGGGCCCUUUCCCCCCACCUGGCCACUUUGCAAGGCCUGGUGGAAUGCCUGGAGGGGGGCCUGGUGGACCCGAUGAUCGAGAUGGAAGACAGUUCAGGAAUGAUAGGCAGCCGUUUACUCCAAAUAGAGACCAGGAAAGGUUUGGAAGGAGGUCUUUUGGAAAUCGGAUAGAAAAUGAACGAGACCGCUAUGGUAACCGCAAUGAUGACAGAGAUCAUGAACGCCUUGGUAAUCGUGAAAGGAGAGAAUGGGGAAGAAGAAGCCCUGAACGUGAUAGACACAGAGACUUGGAGGAAAGAAAUAGGCGUUUCAGUGGACAGAGAGAGAGAGAUUCUAGAGAUAGGGAAUCUCGCAGAGAAAAGGACGAAAAUCGAGGAAAGGAGAAACCAGAUUUGACAGACAGGGUAGAUGGUGUUAAAAACCAUGAACCCCAGAGCAGCAAAGUGGAAAAUACAGACUCUGUUCCAGAACUUAAAAAGGGGGAGGCUGAACCCACAGGUGCAAAACCUGCUGAAGAGUUAACAUCUGAGACUACCUCAUCUCUUGAACAACCUGAAGAGUCUACUGGCUCAGUCACAGAGGCUCCUCGCUAGACUGGAAUACUUGUCAAAGAAAAAAAAAGUGACAUUGGAGUGUAGAGCUUUAGAGUUGUACAGUAUGCUGUAUAUUUGCUUUUGCUAUUUCACAACUCCUCCAUAGUUUAUGGGAUAUGUAAGCAAUUUGAUUGCUUCCCUUCUAUUUAAAUAGCUACAAAAAUAACACAAAAGAAAUGAAUAAACCAUUACCCUUUUUUUGCUGUAACUUUUUAAAAGUUUUGACUUUAAAAAGUUUACAAGUCAGAAUUAGAAGUGCUAUUUUUUUUAAUUUAAGUGAAGGUAACGGUAAAAGCUCCUAAAAACAAAUAGGGAUGUGUUUUUAAUAAACUCUAUUUUCAUAACAAA